CUACCCGUGGCCUGAAGGGUAGUCUUGCGAGCUGUGCUUGCGCCCCAAAGCUCGAAUCUUUCCUGCCUGGCGCAGAGAACGAACGGAGUUGGUCUUCUCGCCAGCGCGACACCAGCCCGGACACACAGACGACGACUAUUACGAGAGCCACCCCAUGGAGAGCCGCCCGCAUAGGUCGCCCUCUCCAGGGCACCCACUGCAGCAUGGCUACCACUUGGAUGAUAACCCGUACGGCCACCACUCGCAGCUGGACAUACCGGCAGGCCCUGGGAGGUACAGCCCGGGCGACUCUCUACAUAUACAGACAGCACAAUCUGUAGAUAACCUCGGGAGCUACUCGGUAAACCCCGAAGCGCAUCACGAUGCCUACUAUAACCAGCCCUACGAGCCGAACCACGGUCAAGGGUACGAUCAGAGCCAUGGCCAAGGAUACGACCCAGCGCUCGGUCAGGGAUACGAUCAGUCAUUCUACGAGGACGACCGGCGGCCGAUGUUGGCGCACAACGACUCUCACGUCGGCGCAAGCGACCCCUACCACGACAACCCGCAGCCGCCCACCAACAAUCAGCCGAUCAGGAGGUGGAAGACGGUGAAGCAGGUGCUCCUGUACCGCGGGAACUUGGUGCUGGACUGCCCAAUUCCGCCAAAGCUGCUGAACCAGCUGCCCCACGGCGAGCGCGAUGAGUUCACCCACAUGCGGUAUUCGGCCGCGACGUGCGACCCUUCGGAGUUCUACGAGAACAACUUCACGCUCAGGCAGAAGCUCUUCAGCAAGCCCCGGCACACGGAGCUGUUCAUCGUGGUGACCAUGUACAACGAGGACGAGAUCCUGUUCGCCCGCACUAUGAUAGGCGUGUUCAAGAACAUCGAGUACAUGUGCAAGCGGACCGAGAGCAAGACGUGGGGCAAGGACGCCUGGAAGAAGAUCGUCGUCUGCGUCGUCAGCGACGGUCGUGCCAAGAUCAACCCCCGCACAAGGGCUCUGCUGGCCGGCAUGGGCGUGUACCAAGAGGGUAUCGCCAAGCAGCAGGUCAACGGCAAGGACGUCACGGCGCACAUAUACGAGUACACGACACAGGUCGGCAUGGUCAUCAAGAACGACGUGGUGCAGCUCAUCCCCAAGCAGCAGCCGGUGCAGAUGCUGUUCUGCCUCAAGGAGAAGAACCAGAAGAAGAUCAACUCGCACCGCUGGUUCUUCCAAGCCUUCGGCCGCGUCCUGGACCCCAACAUCUGCGUGCUGAUCGACGCCGGCACGAAACCGGGCAACACCUCCAUCUACCACCUGUGGAAGGCGUUCGACCUGGAGCCCAUGUGCGCGGGCGCUUGCGGCGAGAUCAAAGCUAUGCUCGGAACUGGCGGGAAAAACCUCCUCAACCCUCUCGUUGCCACUCAAAAUUUUGAAUAUAAGAUGAGCAACAUCCUGGACAAGCCGCUUGAAUCGGCGUUCGGUUUCAUCUCCGUCUUGCCCGGUGCCUUCUCCGCGUACCGGUACAUCGCGCUCCAGAACGACAAGAACGGCCAGGGCCCGCUCGAGAAGUACUUCGCCGGCGAGAAGCUCCACGGCAGCGACGCGGGCAUCUUCACGGCCAACAUGUACCUCGCGGAGGACCGCAUCCUCUGCUUCGAGCUCGUGACCAAGCGCAACUGCCACUGGAUCCUGCAGUAUGUCAAGUCGGCGACGGGCGAGACCGACGUGCCGGACACGGUGACCGAGCUGAUCCUCCAGCGCCGCCGCUGGCUGAACGGCUCCUUCUUCGCCGCCAUCUACGCCAUCGUCCACUUCUACCAGUUCUUCCGCUCGGACCACUCGCUCUUCCGCAAGAUGGCCUUCUUCAUCGAGUUCGUCUUCAACACGGUCAACAUGAUCUUCGCCUGGUUCGCGAUCGGCAACUUCUUCCUGGUCUUCAAGAUCUUGACCACCAGCCUGGGCGACGACACGCUCCUGGGCAACGUCGGGCGCAUCCUCGGCGUCGUCUUCACCUGGCUGUACGGCGUGUCCCUGGUGACCUGCUUCGUCUUGUCCAUGGGCAACCGUCCGGCUGGGUCGGGGAAGUACUACAUGGCCAUGGUUAUCUUCUGGGCGGUUCUGUUUGUCUACCUUAUGUUCGCCGCCAUCUACAUCGCCGUCAACGCCAUCCUCACGGACCUCCACACCCAGAGCUUCACAAUUGACGCGCUCUUCAAGAACCCAGUCUUCUACACGCUCAUCAUCUCGGUCAUGUCGACCUUCGGCAUCUGGCUGAUCGCGUCGCUGAUCAUGUUCGACCCGUGGCACAUGUUCACCUCGCUGGUGCAGUACAUGCUGCUGUCGCCGACCUACACCAACGUGCUCAACGUGUACGCCUUCUGCAACACGCACGACAUCUCGUGGGGCACCAAGGGCGACGACAAGCCGGACAAGCUGCCGUCGGUCAACACCAAGGACGGGCAGGGCAAGACGGACCUGCCGGACGAGGGCGACCUGAACGCGCAGUACGAGCGCGAGCUGCAGGUCUUCAGCCGCAAGCCCGUCAAGGAGGUCAAGGCGCCCACGCCGGCCCAGCUCGAGGAGAAGCAGAUGGACUACUACCGCGGCGUGCGCACCGUCGUCGUGCUCAUCUGGAUGAUCACCAACUUUGCCCUCUGCGCCGUCGUGCUGUCCAGCGCCGGCGUCGAGAAGAUCGUGCCCAACAACGGCGAGACCAACGACGAGGUCCAGACCCAGCGCGCCAACGUCUACCUGAGCGUCGUCCUCUGGUCCGUCGCCGGCCUGUCCGCCUUCAAGUUCCUCGGCGCCAUGUGGUUCCUGGUCGUGCGGAUGUUCAGGGGCGUGUAACCCUGUCGGGCGGCGGGCCGGCGGGGUGCAGUAGUUCUUUUCUGGGGGCUUUGUUUAACAUGCUUCACUUUCAAUACCACCUUCUUGUAGCAUUUGUUCCUUCGUCUUCCUCUUCUUCUUCCCCUUUUUCCACACAGACGUGCUUGAGCACUGGUUUUAUUCUAGAGCAAGCAACCGGACCAGCGAACAACAAGACCUCAUGUCCUGGCCUUGCUCAUGUGAUUCCCUUUUCCCU